CGCUAACGUUCGACGCGAGUCGAAAGUCAAGAGUUCUCGGGCGGAUUUCAGCGAUUCUAUAAAGAGAUAGAGGCAGAGAUUCACUGAACUGAGCCCUGAGAUGCGCAGCCUCAGCCGCUUUCGUUUGAUCACCUUCGAUGUGACCAACACCCUCCUCCAGUUUCGAACUUCUCCCGGCAAGCAAUACGGGGAAAUAGGAGCUCUAUUCGGUGCAAGAUGCGACAACAAUGAGCUGGCCAAGAACUUCAAGGCCAAUUGGUACAAGAUGAACCGCGAUUAUCCCAACUUUGGACGCGACACGAAUCCCCAGAUGGAGUGGCAGCAAUGGUGGCGUAAGCUGAUAGCAGGAACUUUUUCUGAGAGCGGAGCUGCCAUUCCGGAGGAGAAGCUGCACAACUUUUCCAACCAUCUGAUUGAGCUGUACAAAACCUCCAUUUGCUGGCAGCCUUGCAAUGGAAGCGUAGAGCUGCUACAGCAACUCCGGAAAGACUUCAAGCCGGAGAAGUGCAAACUGGGGGUGAUAGCCAACUUUGAUCCACGGCUGAUGGCCCUGCUGCAGAACACCAAACUCGAUCAGUACCUGGACUUCGCGGUCAAUUCGUACGAAGUGAAGGCCGAGAAGCCCGAUGCACAGAUCUUUACCAAGGCGAUCGAGAAGGCUGGCUUGGCUGACCUCAAACCAGAGGAAUGUCUGCACAUCGGAGAUGGGCCCACCACUGACUACUUGGCCGCCAAGGAAGCGGGCUGGCACUCGGCGCUGGUCCAUGAGAAGAGCUACGCGUAUUUGGUAAAGAAAUACGGCGAGGACAUCGACCGGGAUCACGUCUUCCCCAGCCUCUAUGACUUCCACAAAAAGAUCUCGGACGGAGCGGUGGUCUGGUGAUCCAUUGUACAUUUAUUAAAAUAGUAAAGCCAAGUAACUCCAA